UCCAUGAUCUUGUAUUAUGAUUAUAGUUUUUCAUAAUAGCGCCCUCUGACGGGCAAGUGCAAGCGUCAUCUUCUUCUUCUUCUAGUGUUUACUGGCAAUGAGUAAAACUCGUGCUGCCAUCACCCGGUGUUCUUCAGAUGUAUAUACGUGACUACAUCAUCUCGCCAUCAUCAGCAUCAGCUGUUUACAAGUUGUAGCAGCGUUGAUGUUAAGUGUUGAGUUCAAUCCAGAAUUGAGAGUGUAGGCAUAUUAACGAGGCAAUUGUCUAACAAAACUAUUAGUAUUUUCCAACAAAAAGAGUGCAAAUUUUUUUCUUACUAAAUUUGUGUGCUUGAUUUCUCGGGUGUGGAAUGAUAAUUUUGCAAGAUUCAAAUUAUAAAUCCAGCUAGCCAUGAUGUUCGCAGAACUAAUUUUUUGGAAAUCAAAAAGAAAGACUCGCUAGGUAUCGUAAACAAGUGGUAAAGACAAAAUUAUGAAUCCUAGUGAAAAAUUAGCUCUUGUACGUACAAUGUAGGCCAUUGUAAAUCAACACACAAACCUCUGUUGUUCAUUAUUCAUAAUAUAUUUAGUAAAAUGGAAGAAAAGUGGUACAACUUGAGUCAGUUGAGUAUUCAAGAGCCUCGUUCGACUGCUUACUAUGUUGUCAUUAAAGCAACUAUUUUGAGCCAUCUAAAAGGCAAAUGUGCCGCAAACAUUGGCAAAGUCAUUCCAGGUAUGCUAGUAGAGGUAAUUGGAAAUGAGAGCAAUGAAGCAUUGAGAGUGAAACUAUAUAGUACAAGCCAAGAUGAAAUCUGGCACCAAACAGAAUGGAGAUGCCAUCCAAUCGAUCUGCUAUCUGUAUCCCCAUUAAUUUGGAGGCUUUUGUGCUCUGUAUCAAGUUUGCAAGAAAGGAUACGCUUAGCAACUAAUAAACAGUUCUGCAAGAAUGUUGAGGAUAUUGGACCUAAUAGCAAAGUUUGGUAUUGUCAAGAUUCCCAGAAUCCUGUAUCGUAUUUAGCAAAUGUUAAAUUUGUUGGUCCUGUACCAGAACUUGGAGAUGGAUAUUAUUUUGGCUUGGACCUUCUUGAUAAUCCAGAUAUUUGCAAAUCAUCACCAUUGUCUAAUACCUACUUUAGAACUUACAAUUCACCAGGAACUUUCGCAACAAUCAGCAACAUAGAACCAAAAAAGACUGCUGCCUUAGAAGCUAUUAAAAAUUUUGAAAAGAAUUUCUUAUCCAAUGAUAUACUACAACCCAAGAAAACUGACAAUUUUUUUAUCAAAAACAAAGGUACUAGUGACAAUGCUGACAACAAAAGAAAUGCAGUCUCUUCAAAAAAGGAUAAAUACUCGUUACUUGCAGAUAAUGACAAUAACAAUCAAGCAACUGGCAGCCAACAAGCAACUACCUUCAAUGUAGGAAAAGGUUUACCACAUGAAGAGGUUAAUGAAAAUAAAAAAUUGUACAGGAAUUUAAAGAGCUUUGAUCCUUUGAAUUCUGACGAUGAAAUGGAUGAGGUGGAUAAACAUGCCAAAAAUAUUCAACAUCCUAUCAAUACUGGUGAUUUAAGUGUUGGUUCAUGUGUCAAAGUUCUCGUGGAUAAGGAUACGCAUUAUGGUAUUAUACGUGGGAUAGGAUCGCAUACCAACUCUAAUUCAAAAAAAUUAAUGGCAGCCAUUGAACUAGAUGGUAUUCAUCCCUUGGCUACUGAUGGCACUCACGAAAAUAAAAGAUAUUUUCAAUGCAAUCAACAAAAAGCUUGGUUUACUAAUCUAAAAGAUUGUCACCAAUAUGAUAUGGCAGCAAGCAGCUGCUAUUAUAAUCCAAAAGCAUUGCAUGAUUCUAAAUUACUUGAAAGUCUAAACACGAAUCAAGCUGUGCCUCCUAUAUCUGUGAAAGGAGAUCUUGAAGAAAUAUGUGGACAAUACCGAGGUAUACAAGGCCAUCACAACUCGUGCUAUUUAGACGCUACACUUUUUAGCAUGUUUGCUUUUACGUGUGUAUUUGAUAGUCUUUUAUUUAGGCCACCUUAUGAAAAAGACUGUCCACAAUAUGAAGAAGUUCAAAGGGUUUUACGGGAAGAAAUUGUAAAUCCUCUCAGAAAAGAGUUAUUUGUAAAGGCCGAUCGUGUUAUGAAAUUAAGAACUUUGUUGGAAAAAUUAUCUUCUGUUUCAGGUUUAACCAGUGAAGAAAAAGAUCCAGAAGAAUUUCUAACGUCGUUAGUGGCUCAAACUUUAAAUGCUGAACCAUUUUUAAAGUUAAGCUCUGGACAAGAUGCUUAUCACUAUCAACUUUUUGUAGAAAAAGAUGAUAAGCUUAUUUUACCUACAGUGCAGCAACUACUUGAACAAAGUUUUUUGACUAGCAAUAUUAGGUUGAAAGAGGUACCUGCAUGCUUGAUUUUACAGAUGCCACGCUUUGGAAAAUCUUACAAAAUGUAUUCUAAAAUACAACCAACAUUGUUGCUUGAUGUAACUGACAUUAUACAAGAUUCUCCAAGACAGUGCACAGUUUGUGGUAAACUGGCAAAAUUUGAGUGUAAAGAGUGUUAUGGACAAUGUGGAGAAGGAUUAGAGAGUAUAGCUUUCUGCCAAGAAUGUCUUGAAAAGGUACAUUGUCACGAAAGAAGAACCAAUCAUGAGCCUAAAACUCUUACUGUACCAAUAGAAUAUGACAUUUUAAAAGAGCAUUGUUCAGUGCCGCGUUUGUAUUUGGAACUGCUGGCUGUUGUAUGCAUCGAAACAUCUCAUUAUGUAUCAUUUGUAAAAUGUGCACCUGGCUCAGAAGCACCUUGGUGUUUUUUCGAUUCUAUGGCAGAUAGAAAGGGAGAACAAGAUGGUUACAAUAUACCAGAAAUGGUUCCAUGUCCAGAUUUUCCAUAUUGGUUGAGUGAAGAGGGAGCUAGUUAUUUAAGUACACUGAAAGAUGAUCGUUCGCUUCCAGAACAUGCCAAAAGACUUUUGUGUGAUGCAUAUAUGUGUAUGUAUCAAUCGCCUGACGUUAUGAUGUAUCAGUGAAUUGACAAUUAUUUUUACAUAUACAUACGAAAUUAAUGUAACAAAUCCUUUUUUUAUUUUGAGAUAAGGUAAUAGCAAAUUCAUUUUUGUUCUUUUCAUUUAAAAUUUUAUCGUUUAAAUGUAUAUGUACAAAGAAACAAAGUAUUUUAAUAGAUUUUUUGUUAAAAUCUAUUGGUCAAGUUGAUAAAAAUUAUUUCUAAAUUGUUUUAUGAUACUUUUAAAUCAACCGAAAAGCUUAAAAUAUUCAACUAAUAUAAUAUGAAGAUAAUCUGUUAGGGCAUACGAUUGUUUGUAAUAUAUGUAUGACUUUUGCAUCUUCUUGAUUUAAGUACUGGGACAAAAGUAAUAGGGUUUACCAACUAGUAGUUGAUAAAAGUCAGUAGCGAGUGAUGUAACCCUAAAAAAAAUUUUUUAAUUUUGAAUUGCAGAUUAAAAAUGCUUGAAAAUUAUCAACAUUUUUAGAAUUGGAAUUUUUGGUAAAAAUUUCUUAUUGUACAUACAUACGAGAAAAAAGAGUUUAUCCACUCUCUUAUUGAAGGCACUGUUACAGAAGAAAAAUUGGCUUAUUUACGACUUGGAUUUGAAUUUUUCUAUGUUUUGUUGAACAAUUAAUACAGCCCGUUUUUUAAAAAU